ACAGCCAGUAACAUCUUGAUGAAUAUUCCUCUAACAGCCCCCUCUGUGUUCCAGCCAGGAAACAUUCUGUGUUCUUCCACUCCCAUUAAACCAAAGACACACAGACACACUGUGUCUCGAGCAUCCAUGCAGGAUAUUCAUCUCGACCCCACAGAAAGCCCAAUCAAGGGUCACGGUGUUAAAAGAAAAACAAAACCAGCAUCUGCCUCCUCCUCAGGCUCUUCUGUGACAAAACCUCAGAUCAGAAAACCAAGUGCUACUGUGGCUAGUCGUAUCUCAGCUGUUAGACACUUCCCCCCUCGACCUUCUCCUGACCCCCUAAGGUCCAGUCCCCCUCCUCAACAGCUUCUUAUAGAAAGCAGUGACUCCGAUCACACUGACUCAGACUCUUGUAAUGUGAGUGAGAAACGUAAUGUGAAAACUAACAGAAAUGUUCCUGUAGUAAAAUCUACAGAUACAGAUAACGAUUUUCCCACUACAGAUUUUAAUAAUGAUGAACUAAAUGAUUUAAACAGAACUGGAGGCAAAACUGCCCACUCUUCAGACAAUGUUUUUAGUUCUCAGAGUGUGUCAGUUAUUAAACCCCCUGGAGUUCAUUUUUCAUCUUCUGGUCACCCACUGCCAGUGAUAGGAGAUCAGGACUAUAGAUCCCCUGAUUCUACACAGGGCCCACAAGACAGGGGGAACUCCCCUCACAGGGGUAACUCACCCCAGGGUCCAUCACGGCCCAGUCCCCCUGUCCUCAGGAAGAAAAUCUACACUGAGCCAUCAGCUCAGUCCUCUAGCACAGCUACAGAGUCAGGACCAAGGAAGUUUGAAAACCAAGUAAGAAACUUGCCACUGAGUAAUAACUUUUUGACCAACCCCAAUAAUAAUGUUCCCAGGGUGUCUGAAGUGUCUCAGAAUAACCCAGGAAGAACUGUGAAUAGUGCUAAACCUGUACUUCAACAUGCCCCCUUGUCUCUCGGAAGUGUAGCUGAUGAUGACUUGUUUGAUGGACCUAAUCCCUCCUCCCCCUCACAAAAAACUCCCAGAACACCAAGCACGGGAGAAAUGAACUCUUUAGUACUGGGGCUCAGUAGGGGGAAUAAUGUACAGCUGAAAAUUCCUCAAGAUCCUUCUGUGGACCCCAUUCUACCUGCUGUUAUGACUGCUAAGAGUAGUGACCUAACAACUUUCUCCCAGAGGUCCCCUGGAAGAUUCAGUCGCUACAAUCCAGAACCUCCUCCACCUCCAUUUUCCCUGGCCAUGGUGAACCCCACAGAAUCCCGACCAAGGAUAUUACGGACUCCACCACUUAGUCAACCAGUAGAACAAAACAGGGCAGAGCAGCAUACUCCUCCCAGGCAUUCCCCUCGUCAGGAGGCCAAGAACCAAAGUCCCUAUCAGAUUUAUGAUGAUAGGAGAAUCCCCACUCCUAAAGACCACAGGAUGGAAGAGGUUUCUUCAGAUUAUGGCAGAUUCAACCCAGGCUCUGGUGAUCAGUUUAGGUCUAAUAAAGAGGGACCAGAUUCAUCACAGAAUGAUCAUUACGCAAGAUCAAGAAGUGAAUGUGUAGACGAAAGGGAACAAAAAACAAGACAAAACAAUUUAGGAGGAUUAAACUAUGAAUGUGUUGACAAUGAAAAUACAAGUAGACAGUCACAUGAUUCAGAGGAGAAGAUUUCAUUGGCUGAGGUAGAUCCUCUGUCUACCAAUGACUGGUACAAUACACCAGCGAAUCAUGCUGUACAUAUCUACUCUUCUGUCCAAAAAUCAACUUCUAAUCUUGAUUACGAUGUUCACUCUGCCUCAGGAUACAGCCAGUCCAACCAAGAAAGGCCAGAAAAACCUCUAGAGGCGGACAAAGACAUUCAUGACAAGGUUGACUCAGAUCUGACAGAGUUUCUUCCAAUCCAGAAGAGACCUAGCUACUAUGGUGACAGGCCAGCAACCUCAAGGAAAGACGUGGCUUCAAGAUUAAGGUCUGUCUUCUUUAAGGAAUCCAUGGAGAAGCCACAGAAACAUAAUGUUUCAAAUCCUAGUCCCAUAAAUGAAACAAAUGACUCAUCAAAUAACAGAGGACACACAACUACACAAAACAAACCUAGAAUUGCAAAAACACAAGAGAAAGAUCAGUUAACUGAAUAUGGAAGUGAAAGCAGGAACCACAUGUUCAGCAAUAAGAGUGGGAGAGAAACCUCAGGGAGGGGCCAAUCCAGUAAAUUUAGCAGUCCAGCAAUAACAACAGAAAAGCUUGAGGAUGGAGGCAGGGUGGGGUCAGCAUUUCUUCCCAUACACCCACAGCCCCUGACUACUAACCCUGUAACAAAGCAUGUAGUAGAGUCAGCAAACCAGGAUCUAGCACAUCCUGUCCCUAGAGACUCAGAAAAUGAAGCCAGGGAAGUAGAAAGCAAGGAUCAACAAACAGAAAGCAGACAAAUUAUCAUUUCUGCCCAUGAAGAACAACUUGCAACAGUUACGUCUCUUUGUAAACAGGAAAUGAAGCUAUUGUUAGGGGCUAAGUCUGGACACAAGAGUGAUGAAGAUUAUGUAAGGAGGAUCAGCCAUAUCUUGACUCAGAAAAUCCAGGCUAUCCAACUUUUGCAAGACAAGUUAGAAAACUACCAACUGUCUGCCAUCAGUCACGGUUAAUGAUGCAUCCCACGAAGGUUCCGCUCCAGUAACUCCCUGUCACAACUCUGUGUGAUGUAGCCUGGAAUCAUCCAAUAUUGCUGCUGGUUCAGGUUUUACAUUAAUAAUCCUUUAGUUAAAAU